ACAACUAGUAGCUCAGUGUUCCAACAUCCGCAAACGGCAACUGCUAUCACAACUUGAGAUUGACGAGAUACAACACAAAUGCUACGGCAAAAAGGAGGAACCUGGAUGUCAGAACUGUGGGGACUUAACUACAAGUCCCCACCCAGUCAGGGGAUACAACCCGAAUGACAACCAGACCUCCUCGGCGCCAAUUACAACGGCUGAGUGAAGUACCAUCAGAGAUCAUUGAGAAUGUGAAUGCAGCAUUGAGAACAAUCCCUACCAACACCAUAACAGAAACCAAUGAGCUGAUCUACAACUCAGCAUCAGUGAUCCUUGAGACACUUGGCUAUAAGAGCAGCCAUGAGACCCAAUACCCACCAUGGAAAAGACGGUUAGAGGCUAAAAUCAAGGUAUCAAGGAGGGAAGUGAGCCAACUGUCAGAGCUCCACAAGGGUACAAUGAAAAGACCAGUACCCAGAAAGUACAGGCAGAUGCCCAUACCUGAAGCACUCGAAACUGCCAAACAGAGGCUCCAAGCCUUGGCCAGCCGCCUAAAGAGAUACACAAGGGAGAAUGAAUCCAGAAGGAUUAACCGGCUCUUCUCCACUCAACCAGCUAAGGUGUACUCUCAAUGGCAGGGUAAUAACAACAGAGUAGACCCACCAAGGCUGGAGACUGAACAAUACUGGAAAGGCAUAUGGGAAAGGGAGGCGUCCCACAACAGCAAUGCACAGUGGUUGAUCUCUCUACGAGAGGACCAUAAUAACCUCCUCCCUGAGCAAGCCUUGGUAACCAUCACUGUGACAGAUGUCCAAGAAAGAGUCUCAGGUAUGAAAAACUGGACAGCACCAGGGCCUGACAUGAUCCAUGCCUACUGGCUAAAGAAACUCACUGCCCUCCAUGAGCGACUGGCAGACCAAAUGAACCAGCUGCUACAAAGUGGGACUCACCCUGAAUGGUUAACUGAAGGGCUGACAAUCCUAAUCCAGAAGGAUCCAUCAAAGGGUCCAGUCCCACCCAACUACCGACCAAUAACCUGCCUCUCCACAACAUGGAAGCUCAUGUCAGGCAUCAUAGCGGCCAAGAUAAGCAAACACAUGGAUAAAUACAUGAGCACGGCACAGAAAGGUAUCGGUGUAAAUAGCUGAGGAGCCAAACACCAACUCCUCGUAGA